AUGCCCUCGCCUACGCUACAUAACAACAAGACCUCCCCAGACCCUGCGGCUUUUGGGGAGUGUCAUCCGCUGACCAGGACAGGCAGUGAGGAGAGCGGCAACAGUUUUAGUCCCGGGGCUGUGGUCACAUCUUGUGGCCAUUCGCCGACACAAACAGGUGCCACUACAGCUUUCACAGACACUUCAUCGUCGGCUUCACAGCGAAAGAGGGACGCUAUGGGUAUACAGGAAGUGAAGCCAGUAAGUCGCGUAGACUUUGGUGACUACUAUCCGGAUGGUGGGUGGGGCUGGGUGGUGCUAGCAGCUGCCACUGUUGUUCACGUUCUGUGCAGCGGCUUCCACCUGGCCUAUGGCAGUUUGUACCUCACCGUUGUCGACAAGUACACGCCCAUCUCGGACCUGCAGACAGCAUGGCUUGGCAGUUUGGGGAUGGCUGUAUCACUCUUAAUCGCACCCAUUGUCACCACUUUGUGCAGAAGAAAGUCUCCUCGACUUUAUGGAGUCAUCGGUGGAUUGGUCUGCGCUCUCGGGUGCCUGUUCUUAGCUUUUUCCACACAGCCGGAGCAACUAUUCAUUAGCCACUGCGUUGUGUUGUCACUUGGAUGUGGCGUCACUAUAGUAACGGCAAACAUCAUGGUUGGAAGGUACUUCCGGCGGAAACGGGAGUUAGCAGAAAUGAUAUUGGUGGCAGGAAGUGGUAUAGGGGCAGCAGUUAUGUCCACACUUUUUCAUGAGCUUAUCAGAGUCAUUGAUUGGAUGCAUGGAUUGCAGUGUGUGGCCGGUCUUCUGGUCCUGACCAUCAUUGCCAGUGCCAUGUACCGAUCGGCCAACCUCUACCACCCUCGCAGAAAGGUCAUUCUUCAUUUAAAAAGUCAGAAAAAGAACAGAAGAGAUAGAGAAGCGGAGAAGCCUCCAUACUUAGACUUCAGUGCUUUGAGGAUGAGGUCGCUGAGAGCAUUGCUGGUGAUUUCUGCUGUCAUAGGUUUUGGAAUCCAUGUUCCCUUUGUCCUUCUGGUCAGGACAGCCCAGAAGAACAAUGAAGAACCUACUCGUUUGUUUCUGCUGAAUGUCUACCUCGGUUUGGGUUUUGUUGUUGGCUGUUUCAGCCAAGGCUACAUCACCAUUAAAAACAGCAGUGAAUGUUACAUUUCCAGACGUCACUUGUGCCAGACAUCUGCCAUUCUCUGUGGUCUGUUUACGUUGCUGCUCAUCCUGGCAAGCGAUGAAAGCUCACAUGCCUUGUACGCUUGGGCUUUUGGCAUCUGCUGUGGAAGCUAUUAUUACAGUUUGAAAACAUAUACGUAUGAGCUUGUGAAGACAAAACUGAUGGAAAGAGCUUGGAGUUUUCUGUGUGCAUCAAAUGGCUUCCCUAUUUUAUUUGGAGCACCAACUGCUUCAUAUUUGAACUCUGCCUAUGAAUCACACGUAGCAGGGUAUAUUUUUGCUGGUGUGGCCAUGAUACUGGGAGGACUUCUGUUUUACGUCAUGCCCAUAUUUGAACGUCAUCCAUCUAAUAAUGAGAUACUUCAGAAGCAUAGCAGCUGCCUAUUCAACCCAGCUAUGACAGAAGCUGCCGCUCUUCUUGAUAUUGAUUUCUCAGAAGGAGCUUUGAGUGGGAAGAACCAUCAGGUAGCUAAUAAUGGACACACGCCAUUGAAAAACAGCAAACACAGCAGCAGUAGUAGUUCCAAUGGCAAAGGAGAUGGUGGUGUCCGUGUCCAGCUGCAGUGUUUUGUCCAGCACAAAGACCGUGACAAGCCAAAACAAGCUGUCCUCACCAAAAUCGCUGAAGAAAAGGAUGGCUUUCGAAGUAACGGCUCUCCGGGAGAUUGCUGCAAAAGAGGAGGUCCUGGCUGCGGUUUAGCCAAUCAAACUGUUGAGCUUAGUGUUACUAAAGCAGAUUAUUCAGAACAUACUGCUGAAGGUCCCUCGGAAAAUAUUUUCUGCAACCAUGCUGAAAAAUCUGGCAGAGAUGCUGGCGGUGCAACUGGGUAUGAAAAGCUGGAAAAUAAAAAGAGUAAGAAGAAUGAUGUGAGGAUAGAAUUGUUCGAUCCACCUAGUCAGGAAAAGGAGUCCACGGCCACAGUGUCUUAUGACAGUGACUUGUAUAUCAAUCUCUGUGAGGCCCAGGUGUGA